AUGAAGCUUUUUGUACCAGCCAUUCUGGUGCUUACUGCGGUGAGCACGACGUUUGCUGAGCAGCAGGGGCAUAAUCAGCUCGUUAAGCGCGAGCCAGAUGUUGCUGGGUUCUUCUCGAGUGUUGGACAGGCCGUGGGCGAUUUCUUCGGACACGCGGCUACAGAUGAUGAGACCACUGCCGCCUCGCCGGCCACGAGCAAGAGCAGUUCCAAGGCACCCGCCACUACUGCACCCCCAACCACGGCUGCGUCUCCGACCACGGAUGAUGGCAAUGUCACCGAUACCAAGGACACAAAGACCAGCAAGACCAAGGACAACGACACCGACAAGACGAAGGCGACAUCGACGCCCAAGACAACAGCGGCAACGACCGACACGGACGAGGAGCCGACUGAGAAUAAUACAGAUAAUGAAGACGAGGAAGACACGACGCCAUCUCCGACCGGCGCAACGUGCUCGAAGGAUGGCGAGAUCCAAUGUGUGGGAACGGGUUCAUCCAGCUACCAGAAGUGCGACGGCUCGAACUGGAUUGCGCAGACCUGCGGCUCAGGCAAUGUGUGUGGGAAGGACGACGCCGGCAAGACGGCAUGCAUCACCAAGGCGGCGGCGAACCGCGAGAAGUGCUCGGUCAAGGAUCAGCAGCGGUGCGUAGGCAGCGGAUCGACCAAGUACCAGGAGUGCAAUGGCAAUGUGUGGGUGGACUCCAAAUGCGACUCGGGUUUCUGCAUACCCGACGGUAACAAGGUCAAAUGCGGGACGAACAGCACCGAUGCGACGUCAGUACCCUACCAGAUGGUGAGCAUGACGGGGUAUGUGCCGACGAACACGGCGUCGGGGACCGCUGCGUCGAUGGCGUUUGCUGCGGCGGCAGCGUUUGCGAUUGCCUUGGUUGCAGGCAUCUAG